AUGACAAGCAAGCAAGCAAAGUAGUGCUUCUAAAACCCUAAACCCUUGAAACAAAGAAGAAAGACAUGAGAGUAAUACUAGCAAGAACCCUUUCUUCUUCAAAAUCAAAGCUUCUCAAACCCCUUUUUUCCUUAACAACAAUCUCUUCUCAUUCUCACACCAAUUCAAUUCCCCAAUUUCACCAUCACCCACUUAUCCCUUCUCCUUCCCUUCCCCUGCCAUCUUUUUUCUCUUCAAAACCCACCAAUUCCUUAUCCCCUAUCACCCGCGACGGAAACUAUGACGAUUCUACCCCGCCGGCCACUGUCUGCCCCGGCUGUGGCAUCCACAUCCAAGAUUCCGACCCAAAACAACCUGGGUUCUUCACCAAACCAUCAGUUAAAGACCCUAAUUAUAAAUCGACAUCGUAUCUCGUUCCCCUUUCGUUGGAGUACGAAUUAUCGCAUUCUUUGAAAACGGGCGAUGUUGUUAUCGAUAAUGGCGGUGUUGAAACGUGUGAAAACUCAUCAAUGGCAGUAGAGAAACCUGUGGUGUGCGCGCGGUGUCAUUCGUUGAGGCAUUAUGGGAAAGUGAAGGAUCCGACAGUGGAGAAUUUGUUGCCGGAAUUUGACUUUGAUGCGACUGUUGGUAAGCGUUUAGUUUCGGCUAGUGGUGCUCGUUCUGUUGUUUUAUUAGUUGUUGAUGCUGUUGACUUUGAUGGGUCUUUUCCGAAAAAAGUAGCUAAGUUAGUAUCGUAUGCGAUAGAAGAUAAUUAUAAUUCGUGGAAACUAGGGAAGUCGGGGAAUGUGCCUAGAUUAGUUCUUGUAGUGACGAAGAUUGAUUUAUUGCCUACUUCGUUAUCACCUACUAGAUUUGAGCAUUGGGUUAGACAAAGAGCGAGGGAGGGUGGUGCUACUGUUGUGAAGAAAGUGCAUUUUGUGAGUGCGGUUAGAGAUUGGGGAUUGAAAGAUUUGGUUGAAGAUGUGAUUCAAAUGGCCGGAGCUAGAGGGAACGUAUGGACUGUAGGAAUGCAAAAUGCCGGGAAAAGUACUUUGAUAAAUGCGAUGGGGAGAUGGGCUGGUGGUGGUGGAGGUGAUGCAGGGAAGAAGAAGCUAACUCAUUUGACCGAGGCACCUGUUCCGGGAACAACUUUAGGAAUUGUUAGAGUGGAAGGUUUUCUUCCGGGACAGGCUAAAUUAUUUGACACACCGGGGCUUUUGAAUCCAUGUCAGAUUACAACAAGGUUAACUAGAGAUGAACAAAAGCUUGUUCACAUUAGUAAGGAGUUAAAACCAAGGACAUAUAGAAUCAAGGAAGGUCAUUCAGUUCAUAUUGGUGGGCUCAUAAGGUUGGACAUUGAGAAGUUAUCAGUCGAUUCUGUGUAUGUUACAGUAUGGGCAUCUCCAUAUCUUCCAUUACACAUGGGCAAAACAGAAAAUGCAAGCACUAUGGUAGUGGACCAUUUUGGUCGUCAGUUACAGCCUCCAAUUGGGAAGCAACGAGUUCAAGAGCUUGGAAAAUGGGUGAGACAUGAAUUCUCCAUCUCUGGAAAUAGUUGGGAUUCAAGCUCUAUGGAUAUUUCAGCUGCUGGUGUAGGCUGGUUUGCCAUUGGACUUAAAGGAGAAGCAGUUGUCGGGGUUUGGACUUACGAAGGAGUAGAUGUUGUGCUUCGAAAUCCGCUGAUUCCUUUCAGAUCACAAAAUUUUGAAGUUGCAGGGUUUACUGUCUCAAAAAUUGUCUCCCACGCUGACAAAGCUUCGAACAGAUCCAAGCGUAAAAGCGAAAGCAAUAGAAAAGAAAGUGACAAGGAAGGAUCUAUAAGUGAUGAACCAUUAUUGUCUGUGGGUGAUACAAGAGCCAGUUCUUGUUAAAAUUGGUGCUACAAAAAAGAAGAAAGAUGGAUCAAUAUGCAUCUUAGAGCAUGAAAAAAAGGUUAGCAACACAUAACAAGCUGUAGAUCAAAUGGUCAAGAUGUGCCGAGUUACAAUUUAGAGAUAUAAAUAUUCUUUGAUGAAAAUUCGAGUCUCUGAUAGUAUUUUAGUGUAAAUUUUUGGACUCUAAUUAAAGUGUGAAAUAAUUAUCAUUUAAAUCAAAAUUGUCUUAUUAGACAUUAAUGAAAUUGUAAUUUUUAGAAUGUCA